CUUAUUCCAGCCUGUCUGCUCUCUUGAUCCAGUUUACAGUAUGCUUGCGUCGGGAUGGGCGGACUGUGUAUCAGCAAGUUCUGUCCGUGGAGCGUCCAAGUGUCCUGCGCAGCUGGAACUGGGGCCUGUGUGGUCACUUUGCUUUCUACCAUGCCCUUUACCCCCGAGCCUGGACAGUCUACCAGCUUCCUGGCAGGGGUGUCACUCUUACCUGCCGCCAGGUCACACCUAUCUUGCCACAUGACUACCAGCUGCCUCCCUGUAGGAGUCUUUGUGUGGGAUGUAGAAAACGAAGGAGAUGAAGCUCUGGAUGUGUCCAUCAUGUUCUCUAUGCGGAAUGGACUAGGGGGUGAAGAAGAUGCACCAGGAGGGUUGUGGAAUGAGCCCUUCUGUCUGGACCGGGAUGGGAAGACUGUGCGGGGCCUACUCCUGCAUCACCCCAGCCCCCCGAACCCCUACACCAUGGCUGUGGCUGCACGCUGCACGGCAGACACCACGGUGACCCACAUCACAGCCUUCGACCCUGACAGCACUGGGCAGCAGGUGUGGCAGGACCUACUUCAGGAUGGACAGCUGGACUCCCCUGCUGGCCAAAGCACCCCCUCGCAGAAAGGAGAGGGUGUUGCUGGGGCUGUCUGUGUCUCCAGCAAGCUGCCACCACGGGGCCGGUGCUGCCUGGAGUUUGCACUGGCUUGGGACAUGCCCAGGAUCAUGUUUGGAGCUAAGGGCCAAGUCCACUACAGGCGCUACACACGGUUCUUUGGUUCAGAUGGUGAUGCGGCACCUGCCCUGAGCCACUACGCACUGUGCCAAUAUGCAGACUGGGAGAAGAGAAUCUCCGCAUGGCAGAGCCCAGUACUGGAUGACAGAUCCUUGCCUGCCUGGUACAAAUCUGCACUGUUCAAUGAAUUAUACUUCCUGGCUGAUGGAGGCACAGUAUGGCUGGAAGUUCCUGAAGACUCUCUCCCAGAGGAGCUGGGAGGCAGCAUGCAUCAGCUCCGCCCCAUCCUGCAGGACUAUGGGCGAUUUGGCUAUCUUGAGGGCCAGGAGUAUCGCAUGUACAACACAUAUGAUGUCCACUUUUAUGCUUCUUUUGCCCUUGUCAUGCUGUGGCCCAAACUUGAGCUCAGUCUACAGUACGAUAUGGCUCUGGCCACUUUCAAGGAGGACCUGACACGGCGACGGUACCUCAUGAGUGGCGUGGUGGCGCCUGUGAAAAGGAGGAACGUUAUCCCUCAUGACAUCGGGGACCCAGAUGACGAGCCAUGGCUCCGGGUCAAUGCAUAUUUGAUUCAUGACACCGCCGACUGGAAGGACCUGAACCUCAAGUUUGUGCUGCAAGUUUACCGGGACUACUACCUGACAGGUGACCAAGGCUUCCUGAAGGACAUGUGGCCUGUGUGUCUGGCUGUGAUGGAGUCUGAAAUGCAGUUUGAUAAGGACCAGGAUGGACUCAUUGAGAAUGGAGGCUACGCUGACCAGACCUAUGAUGGAUGGGUUACCACAGGCCCCAGUGCUUACUGUGGAGGGCUGUGGCUGGCCGCCGUGGCUGUGAUGGUUCAGAUGGCUGUUCUGUGUGGGGCCCAGGAUGUCCAGGAUAAGUUUUCUUCCAUUCUCUGCCGAGGCCGAGAAGCUUAUGAGAGACUGCUCUGGAAUGGUCGCUAUUACAACUAUGACAGCAGCUCCCAGCCUCAGUCCCGUAGUGUCAUGUCUGACCAGUGUGCUGGGCAGUGGUUCCUCAGGGCCUGUGGCCUGGGAGAAGGAGACACUGAGGUAUUUCCUACCCUGCAUGUGGUCCGUGCUCUCCAAACCAUCUUUGAGCUCAAUGUCCAGGCCUUUGCAGGGGGAGCCAUGGGGGCUGUGAAUGGGAUGCAGCCCCAUGGUGUUCCUGAUAGGUCCAGUGUGCAGUCGGAUGAAGUUUGGGUGGGUGUGGUCUACGGGCUGGCAGCCACCAUGAUUCAAGAGGGUCUGACUUGGGAAGGUUUCCGGACAGCUGAAGGCUGUUACCGCACUGUAUGGGAACGCCUGGGCCUGGCUUUCCAGACCCCAGAGGCAUACUGCCAGCAGCGAGUGUUCCGCUCACUGGCCUACAUGCGGCCGCUGAGCAUCUGGGCCAUGCAGCUGGCCCUGCAGCAGCAGCAGCAGCAGCAGCAGCAGCAGCAGCAGCAGAAGGGCGGCGGCCAGUCGCUGUCCUCACACAGAGCACAGGACUAAGCACAGAACCUGAGUGUGGACCAAAGCUAAGUCCGGAGCGAUCCCUCUGCACUGUGGAAGCCCAGCCUGCAGACUGGUCUUCCUCCUUCCCAUACUCCUGCAGCCCUGAGCCACUAGGACAAUCACGCCCCUUCCCUUCUUCCUCCCCAGCUGUGCCAGUAAAAAGGGGCUGAAGAACCACUUAUUUAUUUCUUCCCCUCCCCGUUCCUUCGUGGAUGAAAUAGUCAAGGCCAGUAAAUUUCUCCAAGUCUAUUCAUGGAACAACAGAUACACAUGGGUAUAAAUAAAAGAUCCCUAAAGCUA